AUGGCUUCAAAGUCUCUCUCGCCUACAGAGGCUCUAGCUCAGCCGCUGACCCUGCCAUGCGGUCUUGUACUACCUAAUCGCUUGGUCAAGUGUCCUAUGCAAGAAACAUUGGCCGCAGCACCGCUCUUCGAUCCUCCAAUAGACAAGUUCAGGAAUUUAUAUGGCCAGUGGGCGCAAGCGAACUAUGGACUUAUUAUUACCGGACAGGUACAAAUUGAUAUACGAUUCCUUUCCAUAACUGGUGAUGUGGUCUGCCAUCCCGACUCCCUCUCCACGCCUCACCUCGAGAAAUGGAAAGAAUGGGCACAGAUAGCACAAUCGGGGGGCACGCCUUGCAUUGUCCAAUUAGCACAUCCUGGUCGAAUGUCUCCAGUAGGUGCUGGCAAUCGCCCCGCGGACAUGCCACCUUUGUGUCCGUCUUCAGUCCCAGUCAAACUCUCAGACGCCUGGCUGGAGAAAAUGGCCAUUCAAUCUCUCUUGGGGACACCAAAGGCUAUGGAUCUCUCUGAAAUCGACCACGCAGUCGAAGACUGGAAACGUGGAGCCCGUGUGUCAGCUGCUGCGGGCUUCAAGGGCGUUCAGCUCCAUGGCGCUCAUGGAUUUUUGCUGAGCCAAUUCUUGAGUCCGCAUACCAACCGACGAACGGAUGAGUACGGUGGCAGCCCAGAAGGUCGCAUGAAGCUUCUCAAACGAUUGGUCACUGAGAUAAGAGAGGAGCAUCCUGCACCGUUUUGCUUGAGCGUGAAGCUCAACUCCGGUGAUUACAUGGCGAAAGGCGGACUCUCUCAAGAUGAAGCUUUGGAGCAAGUACGAUGGCUCGUUAGCUGUGGAAUGGUGGAUUUUGUGGAAAUUUCUGGAGGCAAUGCUGAGCAGAAGAAAUCUGGUUUGCACAACUCUUUUGUUGAAAAGUCUCUCAGCAAAGCGCCUAAGAUCAAAGAGUCGACUAGGAUCAGGGAGGCAUACUUUACCGAAUUUGCAGAACGAGUCCAGCAAAUCGAGGACAAAAAAUGCCCCAUUCAGCUAAGUGGAGGCUUCCGCUCAAGAACAGGAAUGGCCGAUGCCAUUCUUAGCGGAGCAUGUGAUCUGAUUGGUCUUGGUCGAACUGCUGUAAUGGAGCCUGAUAUCCCUAAGAGGCUACUCUUGAAUACGGAGCUGAAUGAUGAGGAGGCGUUGGCAUUGCCUCAUAUCGUGAGAGGGCAAUGGUUUUCAAACAUGAUUCCUGUGAAGGUUGUUGGAAGUGGACUUCCGAUUCAAUUCUUCUACUUAAAUAUGCGGAGACUGGGAAAUGGACUGAAGAGCGAUCCAGAUAAGAGUAUUCCCGGGCUCGUGGUAAGCGCGAUUGUUGACACCGUAAGAAGCGGCUUCGUAGGUCUGGUAGAGAAGGUUAUGGAUACGCUUGGGAGCUUUUCAAAGGUUCAAAAGAUUGAAUAA